UUCCUCUGGAGGAUGCAACCAGUACCGAAUUACGCAAUCCUGCCGUGAAUCAGACAUCACCACGGUAACCGAACGGUAUUCUCCAUUCUCUGCUUUACCCGUAAACAUCCGCGACGCAACCCUACCGAUCGUCAUCCUCGCACGCAAUUGGUCAGGCAGGCAGACAUGGUGAAGCUGGGCAGUAACCUGGCUGAUAAGCUGGAUAAAGAACAGUCUAUGGACGAUGGCUUUGAUAACGUCCCCCUCAUCACCCCUCUGGAGGUGAACCAGCUGCAACAGCCAUACUUAGACAAGGUAAUCGUGAAGACCACAACAGAGUAUCAGCUGCAGCAGAAGAAAAAGAAGAAGUUGUACGUGCCGGGAAUCAAGAAGCUGAAUAUAAAACUGCACAACGAGGUAUCAGAGAAGGUCAAGCUCACAGGUUUGAUCCUCAUCACCCUUGGGUUCCUGGCUUGUCUUGUCCUGCUGAUCAUGUACAAGGCUCUGUGGUACGAUCAACUUACCUGCCCAGAGGGCUUCGUUCUCAAGCACAAGCACUGCACCCCAGCAGCGGCGCUGGAGCCCUGGUACUACACAGAGCAGCAGCAGCAGGAGGACCCAGGCGUGGCCCCCCGCUCCAGCAGUCUCUACACCGCCCUGGGUCACCUCAACCAGGCCAAGAGGACCGCCGGCGGCGGCAUCAUCCCCGAGCUGCCCCCGUCACCAUGGUUCCCCGUCAUCAACGCCCUGAAGCAAGCCGAGAGGGCCAAAGAGGAGGCGAGUCGUUCGAAGGAGUGAGGGAUGGAGAGAUUUCCAGAGGGAAAGGGUUUAGGAAGGGGGUGAUCAAGGUAGAAGGGAAUAUGGGAUUUCCAAAAGGAAGAGGGGAUGGAGAUGAAGAUGGGUGGGAAAAGUGUUGUUUACUUGGUGGAGUUGACUAUGAGGUAUUGUGGGUAACGCUCCAAAUGUCUGUUUAGGUGGCAGCGAUUGUGACUCAUUUGCAGUAAAAUUAAUCUCCCUAUGACGUUAUCAGUGAAGACCACCGCCUUGUGUUAUGUGUGUGCGUGCCUGUGCGAGCGAGAAAAAGAGAGAGAGAGAGAGAAAGAGAGAGCGAGAGCGAGAGCGAGAGCGAGAGCGAGAGCGAGAGAGAGAGAGAGAGAGAGAGAGAGAGAGAGAGAGAGAGAGAGAGGUGAGAGAUGUGCGUGAGAAGCGUUGGAGAACUGAACAUAACAAGAUUCCCUGAAAUUCUCACUAGAUUGUCCUUAUCAGACUAACAUGUUUUGAGGUUUUGAGAGUAUCAUUAGUAAUGUGGUCUUACAAGGUUUAGUGUUAUUACAUUUAGAUGGAACUCGACAUGUUUUUUGUAGAUGUUUACAAACACAUUACUGGAAUAAAACGUCUUGUUCUAUUCAGGAAGCACACAGCCCACAUUAAUUUAGAAACCUGAUUGUAAAAACCGUAUUUGCUAUGCCUUUUUUUCUCAGUAGAUUUCCCAGCAACUCUGAACAAUUUGUGUAUGAGGAUUUUGGUACAUUUGGGUACGCGGAACUUGUAUGUUUUCGGGUGGAAGAAUUUAAAUGGGUUGAUGUCAUUUCAAUUCAGAUGAUUUCGAUUGUAGUAGACUAGCAGCUGUGCAGGUAGGAUUCAUGUUUCAGAAAUAAUAUUUUAACAGAACAAUAACUACCUAGAGUAUCUGUAUCUUUGUGUUUUCUAGUAUUUAUUUAAUGACCUAUUUAUUAUGAGCUUACUUUUUUUCUUGAGCAAUUUAUUUGACAUUUGUUUGAUUUGGGUGAAAAGCUGGAAGGAUUUCUUUUGGGAUUUUUUUUAAAAAUAGUGAAUAAAAUGCAAUUCAAUUCACAUCAAGUUUGCAUUAAUCCUAAUUCAUCAUUACAACUGGCAGUAUUUUCACCAUGGAUCAGAUUGUAAAUUAAAAUGUGAUACUGUCAUUAUGUCACCAUUCCCCACCCAGCGUUAAUAAAACUUGUUCUGUUCUGAGUGCCAAACAUUUGUGUCAGACCCAUCAAUAAAGUGUUAAGCUUUCUCAUUCAUAA